CUGGGGUUUCAGCAUAGAUUGUUUUUCAACAGCCAGUGAGAAAUAAACAAGAUGUCGUCAACAUAUGCCGCGUUCAUACACUAGACGGAACUAGGAAACUCGGAAAUGUCCGACUUGCUAACUGGUAUACACGUGCCGCGGUCAACGACUUAGAAAAAUGGAAAUUACCGAGUUUCCUAGGUCCGCCUAGUGUGUGAACGCAGCAAUAACAACGGAUCGGGGAAUUUUAACGUAGUCUACUGUCAACCUCAACAAGAGGAAAUUGGAUGUUGGACAUGAAGUUAGCUAGUUAACGUCAAAUUGAUUAAUUUGUAAGUUGAGUGAAAUGUCUUUGCUCAAAUUUGAACCAGACUGGUUCGGUGUAUUUCAUAAUCACCAGCUGGCUAACUAGCUAGUGCUAGCUAGUUAGCAACCUCUACCGAGUACGGAAACUGAUAGACUCUGGGACAGGUUGUGGACAGAGCUAAGGUGUGGUGAAAAACAGUGUCAAGCCUAUUAGGCCUAACUUCACAAGUCUUGUCUUGUGUGUGAGAGACCUCCAAUAUUAACAUUCCAAUGCCUCUGCUAUUCCUGGAGAGGUUUCCCUGGCCAAGUCUGCAGACCUACACAGCGCUGAGUGUGGCUCUGCUGGCUGGAAGCAUCUUCAGCGCCUACACUACUGUGACAGAACAGGGGUUUGGGGUUCCAGACAUGGACGAGCCUCUACCACCGGCACCCUUAGUAGGGGAUAAUAGAGGCGGCCUAGAACAUGUGACUAGCGAUGAUGUUGUGGGUGCAGAUACAGAAUUGGCGACCACUGUUAUGUGGUACCUGGUCACUGACAGUCUCUUUGUAUGGGUGUUGGUGAAUACAGCUUUCUGUUCCCUGAUGUUAAUUGCUAAGAUGAUCCAGUGCAUGGUUUUUGGGCCCCUUCGAGUCAGUGAGAAGCAGCACCUUAAGGACAAGUUCUGGAACUUCAUCUUCUAUAAGUUCAUCUUUAUCUUCGGGGUGCUGAACGUUCAGAUGGUGGAGGAGGUGGUCAUGUGGUGUCUGUGGUUCUCUGCCCUGGUCUUCCUCCACCUCAUGGUCCAGCUGUGCAAGGACCGCUUUGAAUACCUGUCCUUCUCCCCCACUACUUCUAUGAACAGCCAUGUGCGUGUCCUUACCCUACUGGUGUCCCUGCUGCUGGGCUGCUGUGGUCUGGCUGUGGUCUGUGGUCUGCUGGGCGCUGCCCAUGGCAUGCACACCCUCUCCUUCAUGGCUGCCGAGUGUCUGCUGGUUACUGUGCGGACUGGACAUGUCAUCAUGAGGUACACCAUUCACCUGUGGGAUCUGAACCACCCAGGCACCUGGGAGAGUAAGGGUUCCUACAUCUACUACACUGACUUCAUCAUGGAGCUGUCUAUGCUGUCUUUGGACCUUAUGCACCACAUUCACAUGCUGCUCUUUGGUAAUAUCUGGCUGUCCAUGGCCAGUCUGGUGAUCUUCAUGCAGCUGAGGUAUCUGUUCCAUGAGGUGCAGCGCCGCAUCCGACGCCACAAGAACUACCUCCGUGUCAUCAACAACAUGGAGGCCAGGUUUGCAGUGGCCACAGCCGAGGAACUGGUAGCCAACAAUGAUGACUGUGCCAUCUGCUGGGACACCAUGCAGACAGCACGUAAACUGCCCUGCGGACACCUCUUCCACAAUUCCUGCCUGCGGUCGUGGCUGGAGCAGGACACGUCGUGUCCAACAUGCAGGAUGUCCCUGAACAUCAGUGGUGAUGGAGGCCCGGCCAGAGGCCAGCAGCAGGGGGCUGGCCUCCCACUGGAGAACAACCUGGGCCCCGCUGCAGACGCCAGACCACACCUCAACCAACACAAUCACUUCUUCCACUUUGAUGGCUCCCGCAUCGCCAGCUGGCUGCCUAGUUUCUCAGUAGAGGUGAUGCACACAACUAACAUCCUGGCUAUCGCUCAGCAGGCCAACAACUCUCAGCUCAACACCAUGGCCCAUCAGAUCCAGGAGAUGUUUCCUCAGGUUCCCUACCACUUGGUGCUGCAGGACCUGCAGUUGACCCGCUCUGUGGAGGUCACCACCGACAACAUCCUGGAGGGACGCAUCGUGGUGCCCUUCCCUGCUCUGGCGGCUGAGCGUUCCCCCGUGCAGGUGAACCCAGGCCCAGAGGAAGGGGCAGGAGCCAGUGGGGGGGUGGAUACUGCUCCCAGAGAGCUGAACAACCUGGAGGUCAGAGGGAGCCGUUUCUCCAAGUCUGCAGAGGAGAGACAGAAGAUGCUGCUGCAGAGGAAGGAUGAGCUGCUGCAACAGGCACGCAGGAGAUACUUGAGAAAGAGCCCAGAGGACGAGGAGGACCUGCCCACUCUGGAGGAAGACGCCCCUGUCUCAGACGUGACCAUGCUGAGACGCAGGACCAUGGCAGCAGCUGCAGAGAGACGCAUGCAGAGCCAACCAGACCCUGCUCCCUGAGACUAUACUGGGCUGUAAACUCCCACCUGGACAGUCUCGCCUCGAACCCACACCUAAUGCCCUUGGAGUGUCCACCAAACUCCUCACGUCCCACCUAAGAGGCACCUCCAACGAAAGAGCUCUUUACAUUAUAUGAUCAAUGGAAUUACCUAAAUAAAAUGACAUUACAUUACAAAGUGUUACAAGAAGCAUGGGCUUUGGCUGCACAUGGCACAGGGGCUCUGCUGUUUUAGGCUGCCCUAGUGAGAUAUGAGAACUGGGCCUUGGGAAUGGUACCAGCCUCCUCUGAACUUUCACCAGGCACCAGAGGCUUAAUUGGACAUGGAUCACCAGCGUUUUAAAGGAGUGGUGGGUGUCUGUCUGAGUUUCUGAAGUGCACACCUGUCAUCACAUAGCUCUAGCCCCCCAGCUUCACUAGACUUACCUGCCAUUCUCUUUACUGGCCAUGAUGGGGAAGGAAAGAGCAUGGUGUCACAGUCCGAGGAUGCUGCUGAGGUUAGUUAGGGUUUGUUAAGGUGCAUUCGCUACAUACAGCUCAUAGUGUAAUGGAGUGGGACAUAGUUUGUAUUGGUUUUAUUCAACAACAAAAAUAUUUGUGUUGUAGUGGGCUGAGAUUGAUAUGAGAUUGAUUCAUUUGUUGGGUUGAUAACAAACUGAUGUUAUUUUAUAAAAAUGGAGUGAAAACUGUGAAUUAAGAGUAGGUUUAAUAGAUUAAAACAUUGUGAAGCUUUUUUUAUUUUAAUUAAGAGAAUGUCACUUUAGUAUUACAGCCUCUUUGAAAUAUGAAUGUACUUUAUCCACAAUUUGAUUUGACCUUUAUUUAACUAGGCAAGUCAGUUAAGAACAAAUUCUUAUUUUCAAUGACGGCCUAGGAACAGUGGGUUAACUGCCUGUUCAGGGGCAGAACGACAGAUUUUGUACCUUGUCAGCUCGGGAGUUUGAACUUGCAACCUUCCGGUUACUAGUCCAACCACUAGGCUACCCUGCCACCCCAUAAUGCUGCAGAGAGAGUAGAAGAGUUUAAAUUCUGGCCGUUGUGGAGACCUGGUUGUUAAUAAUGUGUUAAAAAUGUCACAUAUCCACCCAAGAAAGAACACUAACUAAAUAGCAAGACGGAAUAGUUUUGUCUCCUGACAGACAGUAAAACUCUCACCAGUACAGCGUUAUAGAAGAGUGGCUCCCUGACCUCUAGGUCAACCAGUGGUUUCUAUCUGCGGUGUGUAUACCUCUAAACCUCUAGGUCAACCAGUGGUUUCUAUCUGCAGUCUGUAAACCUCUAAAACUUCCCAAAGCAUACCUACACUGUAUUAAACAUCCAUUGCUAGAGGUACAGAAGACUGUAUGGGCUCAGGAGUUGGGUUGAGGUUGGAAUACUGAGGAACCUAUCUGAUUCACUCACUCACACUCCAUUCCUACACUCCAUGUACUGGUAGGUUCAUUCUUGCAGACGAUAUAUAGGCCUAUGUGUUGGAUGUCUUUGAUAACUCUAAAGGCUUUUUAAUGUUGAGUGGGUGUUGUGUGUGAAUCACAAUGGAAUGCUUUAGUUUACUUUUACCCCAAAGAACAUUGAUCCCAUGAACUUCCACAUGAUGCAGAUGUCUUUCUUUGAGAUGAGCAUCUUUUUGUGUGUUUGGUUGGUGCAAAAUAUUUCUCUUUCAGCUUGUUUCAUCUGUGGGAUUGUAAGAAGUUUCUACUAACUGUGUUUCAGUGAAGCACCUUUUGUCAAAAACAAAAUACACUAGUCUGGUUUUCAUUGUUUCAAGCUAUUUAUUGAUCAACUAAUAUUUUCAUAUCCAUGUCAUAUUUUUAUAUUCACAAGGGGUUAUUUUUGUAACCAUUGUAUAUUUGAUCUAAUCAAAAACAUGAAUGAAUCUUUUGGACUGAGCUUUCCUCAUAUUUUGUGCCUAAAUCAAGAAUAGUUAUAUGGUUUGAUUGUGUAAAUAAUGUAGUUUUUGUAAGAACUGCUCAAGUAACAUGAACAAAUUAUCAAUAAUAAACAGAGCUUCUCUACAGCCUUUUAACAAA